AUGAAAACUUUAGCGCUUACAAUAGCCUUGAUUCUCAAUGCUCGACCUGUAUUUUCACAUGGACAUCACAUGACGAAAGUGGUUGCUGGAGAAUUAAUGACAAACGACCCAAUUGAUUCAACACUAUGGGUACAUAUUCUCCUCAUGAUGCUAUCUUUUGGAAUAAUAUUUCCAACCGGAAUGGUCCUAGGCAUGACUCGAAAUAGAUGGCAUGUCCCCGUCCAGAUACUUGGGACGAUUACAGCAGUAUCGGCAUUCGUCUUAGGCCAUCUACACAAAGGAAGAAUGUUUUCUGAAAAUAUUCAUGCCUCAUUUUCCAACUGGCUAAUGCUGAUGCUUGCAACUCAGAUUAUAUUUGGUAUCUAUCUCCGACUUCACAUCUCCACUGGAUUUCAUGGAACUUUGAGAAAAAUAGUCACGGUAGGGCAUGGAAUUAUCGGAAAAGCAAUGCCAGUAGUGUCCUGGGUGCAGAUAAUUUUCGGUGCCAUUACAUCGCUGGGGUUUUGCCGAGAAGAUCACUUGGGACAAUGUCUUGCACAUUUUAUUAUGGGAAGUGCAUUUAUCGGCUACGGGAUGAUCAUGAUCAUGAUAAUGCUCGUCGGACAAUAUUGGCUACAGAGGAUGGGAAGAUCUCCAGAAUUUUUUGACUCAUCAAUGAUCGCGGCCUGGGGUUGUGUAAACACUUUUACUGAGCACCGAUGGGGAGGCCCGUGGGUAGGUAACGAUAUUCAGCACACAACAAUGGGUGUUAUAUGGUGGUGUGCUGGGCUUGCUGGAAUCUGGCUCAGUAGAAAGAGGGACGGAUCUCCAAAAAGAAAUUUCAUUCCUGGCUUUGUUAUCUUUCUUACAGGCUGGGCAAUGUCGGCACAUCCUCAACACUUACCAAUAAGCACAAUGAUUCACACGGUCUUUGGCUACACUCUGAUGGCUGCAGGUUUAACUAGAGUCAUUGAAGUCUCCUUUGUUCUUCGUGACCAGAACACUAUUUCAGAUGACGGUGAUGCCAACAGUUUUCAAUAUAUCUCUCCCUUCUUUCUCUUCGCCUCUGGGUUUCUGUUUAUGGGUGCUACAGAGGAGCAAAUGCAAAUCAUUUCGGACGCCGGAAUUACGCACGUAUCGUAUGUGCUUGGUCUCUACAGCUGUGCUUUUCUUCUAUUUCUACUCACAAAUAUACUCAUCCAUCUCUAUGCGGUGAACUCAGUCUCAGUUGACCCCAAAGACCCAAGAGAGCACAUAUCAGGCAGACAUAGAGAAAAGGCGAUCAGACAAAUGCAAGAUGCAGAAGAAUUUGAAUUAGAGGAUCUAAUGGACGAGUACGACGAUGUUCCAGAGAGUCCAAGCACCUUGGGAAGAAAUAAUGAAGGACUCGUCGAUUGA